AUUUAUUUUCGGGAAAACCUCUUCAAACCAAUUUCACGCGCAAAAAACAGUUUCUCUCUGUCUCCGUUUCUCCCUUUCUCUAUAUGCCAACAUAUCAUCGUCGUAUAAAUACGCACCCAAACGAAAUCGAGGAAAAAUAAAACAAACGAAGCGAAUUUAGAACGAGGCUCCGAGAUCUCGAUCUGUCCGAUAAAUCUCUGGCGAGAUCUCGACCUUGAACCCGAUCCGAUCCACGUAGAUCCGAAAUCUCCAUGGCUCCCGUUUCGGCACUCGCCAAGUACAAGCUCGUCUUCUUGGGGGACCAGUCCGUCGGCAAAACCAGCAUCAUCACUCGCUUCAUGUACGACAAGUUCGACAACACGUAUCAGGCUACCAUCGGCAUUGAUUUUCUGUCAAAGACAAUGUACCUUGAAGAUCGAACUGUUCGAUUGCAGCUCUGGGAUACUGCUGGGCAGGAAAGGUUCAGGAGUCUCAUUCCAAGCUAUAUCAGGGAUUCCUCUGUGGCAGUCAUUGUAUAUGAUGUUGCAAGCAGGCAGUCAUUCCUAAACACUUCCAAGUGGAUUGAAGAGGUUCGCACUGAGCGGGGAAGUGAUGUUAUCAUUGUACUUGUUGGAAACAAAACAGAUCUUGUAGACAAAAGGCAAGUUUCCAUAGAGGAAGGAGAAGCCAAAGCUCGUGAGCUCAAUGUUAUGUUCAUCGAAACUAGUGCCAAGGCUGGCUUCAAUAUCAAGGCACUGUUCCGAAAGAUAGCAGCUGCCUUGCCUGGCAUGGAAACACUUUCUUCGACGAAGCAAGAGGAUAUGGUUGAUGUGAACCUCAAGUCAUCCAAUGCAAAUUCAUCACAGUCACAGGCACAGUCGGGCGGAUGUGCUUGUUAAUUUACGUGGGUUUUUUUAUUCAACUUCUUUACCCCAUUCCUUGUAUGCUUCGGUGAUCCUACUGUCUGUAAAGCUUAGUUACUGUAGCAUUCGGAGUUUUGUGUUUGGUUGAUUGGUAAAGGAUUUUUAUACUGUUUGGCUAAGCUUAGAAUAUCACAAACACUCAGACAAAAUUAAAAGUAAUUAAAAGAGACGUCUUGUUUUGCAAAGUGAUUUUAAUAGAUUUC